AUCUCCACUUGGCAAACAUUAACAGGCCACCACAGAUAUCAUCCUCUCAAAAUUCCCAUUUGUCACCAUUAACAUUUGAACCUCCAUUACCAUAAACUAACCACAGAUUCACAAACUCCACUCUCUUUCUCUCUCCUCUCUCCUCUCUCAGCCGCUACUUCCAAAUCCUUUAUUAAAAAAUGCCCAUUUGCGAAUUCACCCCAUUUUUAUUCAAUUCAUCAACAAAUAAGUUAAUACGCUAUGCCAAUUAACCACAACUUCACCCUGUUCUGAUAAGGUUUCCUCUGUUUUCCCCCUUUUAAUGGAGUCACUGCCAUUGAUUUACCGAGCUCCACACCCUCCAACGACGUCGUUUAAGGCUUAUAAUCAUGGAUUUGGGUCUCUCUCCUUUGACUUUUUUCUCCCUAAGUCAACCCUUUGCAGGAGGAGGUUCAAGUAUGGUGCUGGUGUUGUGAGGGGUUCAGUGGACCCUGGUAGUAGAAGGAGAGAUGGGGUUGAUGGGAUUGAAAGAUCAGACGGUGGUGGAGUAGGGUAUACCAGAUCAACAAUGGAAGUUACCACAUUUAAUCAGAGCUUUGGAGAUGCUGCUAGUGCUACUUCUGCUGAUUUUCCUGUUUGGGACAAGAUUGGAGCUGUUGUGAGACUUAGCUAUGGAAUUGGCAUAUAUGGUGCUAUGGCUCUUGCUGGGAGGUUCAUAUGCUCACUUUCCGGAAUAGACAGCUCUGGUGGUUUCCAACCGUCAUUUGAUGCCAUUAUUCAAGGACUUGGAUAUGCUACUCCUCCAAUUAUGGCUCUUCUAUUUAUAUUAGAUGACGAGGUGGUGAAGCUAUCACCCCAUGCUCGUGCGAUAAGGGAUGUGGAGGAUGAGGAACUACGAAGCUUCUUCUAUGGAAUGUCACCAUGGCAGUUUAUACUCAUUGUUGCAGCAAGCUCAGUAGGUGAGGAACUCUUCUAUAGAGCUGCUGUCCAGGGUGCUCUUGCUGAUAUAUUCCUUAGAAGCAGUGACUUGGUGACUGAUGUUCGGGGAGUGGCCGCUCUGACUGGUGUGCUACCCCCACUAGUACCUUUUGCCCAGGCAUUUGCUGCAGUCAUCACAGCUGCCCUUACAGGUUCUCUAUAUUAUAUAGCCGCAUCACCAAAAGAUCCUACAUAUGUAGUAGCACCUGUUUUACAAUCUCGCUCUGGCCGUGAGGAUUUGAAGAAGCUCUUUGCAGCCUGGUAUGAGCGGAGGCAAAUGAAAAGGAUAUACUCACCCCUCUUGGAAGGAAUUUUGGCACUUUACCUUGGAUUUGAGUGGAUCCAAACAAAUAACAUCCUUGCACCUAUCAUCACACACGGGAUAUACUCUGCAGUUGUUCUUGGACAUGGUUUAUGGAAAAUUCAUGAUCAUCGACACAGGUUACGCCAGAGAAUCCAGCAGCUAAAUUCAGAAAGGAAGAACCUUUUUUGAGGUUUGCUAGUUACCUUUACACAAAACUGUAUAUCACUACCGUAGACUCUAAAUAGAUCCUCAGUUUUAUGAUUAAUAUCACAGGAACUAUAAUUGGAGUAGUAUAGAGUGUGUAUAUAUAGCUAUACUAUACUGUAUACGAUAGAUAGAUGAAAUGAAAUAUACAAACUAGAAGUAACUACAAAGGGUUUGUAAUAAAAUGUACAUUUAGCGAGUGUCUUCUAUGAUACUAUACUUUCCUGCACAUAUAUGGCUUCUUAAGCUUAUGACAUAACUGUCUGUAUCAUGCAAUUUUUGGAAAGUUCAUGCAAUUUUUGGAAA